AGCACAUUCGAUCCUGCGCAAGGAAUUACCAUUUCGCAAGUGGACUUUCAUCUAGCGGCUUGCAAUCCAUAGACUAGAUCUGUACUGAACGUAAUCUGCUGGAAAAUCCGAGAAAAUGGCCUCGGGUGGCAUGGCUUGUGUGAAAUACCUCUUAUUUUUCUUCAACUUCAUCUUUUGGCUGAGUGGCUUGGCAUUGGUAAUUGUGGGGGCAAUAAUCAAGUCCAAGUAUGGUGAUUUCAUCCAAGUUAGUAGCAGCAGCCUGGCAUCAGGACCCGUGUUUCUGAUUGUCAUUGGCGUGAUUGUUGCAGUUGUAGGCUUCUUGGGUUGCUGCGGUGCCUACAAGGAGAACUACUGCAUGGUUACGACGUUUGCUGUUCUAUUGGCUUUGAUCUUUGUCCUGGAAAUUGCUGCAGGCGCACUGGCUUAUGCUUAUAAGGGAAAGCUGGAGGGCUACGUGAGAACAGGACUCAAAAAUGGAGUGGAUCACUAUGAUAAGAAGGAGUAUAAAAAGGCUAUGGACAAAGUGCAAGGGGAGUUCAAAUGUUGUGGCUAUGAAGAUUCAAAUGAUCAUGGCUAUAAAAAUUCUACAGUGCCCAAAUCCUGCAAAGACACAAAUGGAACUGUUUUUAGCAAGAAUUGUGUGAAAGGUCUGGAGAAGUUUUUGAAGGAUCAUCUAAUUGUUGUUGGUGGAGUUGGAAUUGGUAUUGCUUUUGUCCAGCUGAUCGGUAUUAUCUUCGCCUGCUGCAUGAUGCGGUCCAUCAAGAAGGAAUACGAAGUCAUGUAAAGUCAGCUUUCUACUGCGAGCCCCUUGUGAACAGGGCUGACGCUACGGGGAAUCCGUACACACGAAAUGUUAGGCCUAGUGUAGACGCCGUUCUUUUCAAUUACCCUCCUAACUACAAAUGAAAAUGAAACAAUCGACUUCGUUCGUUUUUUUUUUUUGGAAUGGUACAUGAAAAGAACAGCGUCUCAACUAUGCAUUAGGGACCUUAAGGUUUGCAAUGGCAGAGUCUAUGACGGCGCACGCGCAAGAUUUCAGCCUGCGCUUCCACCUUAUUAUUUGAGGGCACGGAGUGCCAUCAUCGUCACUCCGCCGUCGUAAAUCUUAAGUUCUAACGGGUCCACAAGGCAUUCAGAAGAGAUCUUUAGCUUAUCCAGGAAUUUGCAGACGAUUUGAGAACUAACUGUAAAAUGUUUAAAAAUAGGUACUCUAUAAAUAGCAUUUCCCGAAUACGUAAUCUAAACUAUUCAAGCAAUCCGAUGAUUGUAAACCCUGCCCUUAUGGUAUAGUUGUUCGCUUUUUUCGUGAAUAUUUUGCUUUCUAACAUAUCUCCAUGUUAAAACACUGGAUUUUCAGAGUAGCUUAUGCUGUACUUAUUCCAUAAUAAAAUAGUUACCUAGCCUAGAUCGAUGUAAAGAAUUCCAAUAAAAAGAGCGUCCUGGGA